GAGAGGAGGAGAAGAGAAGAAAGGAUCAGAUUUGACUCAUCAAAAAAUUGACCAGGAGAGUGACACAGAAGGAAUGGAUGAGGACUCUGUGAGCGACCAGAGUUUUGAUUCCAGCGCGGAAGAAAUGUUUUUGGAAGGAGAAGAUCCACUUUUUGAUCAUCCCAGCGAUUCUGAUUGGGAGCCCAUACUGCCAAGGUGCAAAUCCCCCACUGAAGCUGGUCCAUCCAGCCGGACCCCUGCUGUCUCCGGCACCACACCUACCCCCGCCCGGCCAUCAAGAGGUGUGAAGCCGGUGACAAAGAAGCGGAGGAAGGGAAGUGUGGAACCUGCUGGCAGUGCGGAGGAGGGUCGUUGGCACUCUGUACUGGAGGAGGAUGUGGCCCCACCACCUCCAAUUUUCAGACCAAAGAGGCCACCAGGUCCUCAGCUGGACAUGAACUCCAAGUACAGCCCCAUGCAACUUUUUCAGUUGUUUUUCACCUCGGCAGUUGUUGAUUCCCUGGUGUUGAACACUAAUAAGUACGGAGCUAAGAAGCAGGAAGGCAAGAAAGAGACAUGGAAGCCCAUUUCCAGGUCAGACCUUUUCUGCUACAUUUCACUGGUAAUUUACAUGGGGCUGGUGAAGUUAAAAACCCUAAAGGAUUACUGGAAAACAGCCACACUCUAUCAGCUGCCUUUCCCCCCCACUGUCAUGUCCUCUACAAGGUUUUUAAAUAUCUCACGGGCGCUUCACAUCAGUGACCCAGAUGUUGAUGAGGAGAAUGACAGGAGGAAAGGCACAGCAAGGUUUGACAGGCUCUGCCAAGUCAAACCUCUCUACCCCAGCAUGGUUGAAGCCUGCAAGGCACAUUUUCAGCCCGCCCAGAACUUGUCCAUAGAUGAGAGGAUGGUAGCCUCAAAGGCCAGAAUUGGCCUAAAACAAUACAUGCGUAACAAACCAACUAAAUGGGGUUACAAGCUGUUUGUUUUGGCUGAUUCUGUGUGUGCAUACACAUGCAAUUUUUUUGUCUAUGAGGGGAAGAACACGUGUGCGACUGGUAAUGGACUGAGUUAUGACUCUGUAAUGGAGUUAUUGGAUUUUCAACUGCUGGGGAAGGGCUACAAACUCUUUGUGGACAACUUCUACACAAGCCCUACCCUGUUUGCAGACCUGAGGAAGCUGGGGGUGUGGGCUUGUGGCACCAUUCGGACCAACAGAGUGGACUUUCCAAAGACCAAGGUAAAUGACAUGGCUGAGCGGAGGACCAUGCAAUGGAUCCGUGAAGAUGGCCUGCUGUUUGUGAAGUGGAUGGACACCAGAGAGGUGGUGAUGUGCUCCACUAUCCACAAGUCCUUCAGUGGCGAUCACGUCAUCAAGCGUGUGAAGGACGCUACUGGGGCAUGGGCCACCAAAAAUGUCCCCAUUCCUGCAGCCAUCAAGGACUACAACCAGAGCAUGGGGGGUGUAGACUUGUCAGACGCGCUUAUAGGGUACUGCAAUGUUCUACAUAAGACAAAGAAAUGGUACAAGACAUUGUUUUACCAUUUCAUUGACAUUGCUGUGGUGAAUGCCUUCAUCCUCCAGAAGGAAAUGGCCAAGAGCUGUGGACAGCCCCCCAUCUCACAGCUAGUCUUCAGGGAGCAGCUCAUCCAGGAGCUUGCUGGCUACAGCAAGUCCACUGCAUCACAUUCUGCCACCUCUGCCGCCUCUACCUCUGCCGCCUCUACUCCUGCCUCUAGUGGUGUUCAUAUACCACAGUUCAUUACUGCAGGCGUGACUGUACCUCAGAGCCAAAGGAGCGGAGCAUGGAGGCGUCGUUGUGUUCUUUGUGACAUGAAGUCCCCCAUCAUCUGCACCAGUUGUUCAGUUUGCCUCUGCUUUAUAGCAGAAAGAGACUGCUAUGGGACAUGGCACAGGCAGAAAAAUAUUAUGUUCUAA